UCUUUUAUAAAAUUACCCUUAUUUUUCGUAUUAAAAAAAAGAAUAAAGAAACGAAGAUUAGUUAUUAACUAUAAAAAACUUAACAAAAUUAUAAAAAAGAAUUACUAUCCUUCCUUAUUUAUUACUAAGUUUAGAAAUCUAUUUUAUAAAGCUAAUUAG